UGGAGCAAGGCAUUUUGGACAGUUUCACCUGACGUCAUCCGCGUUGGAAGAUUCUGACCAAUCAGGCGAUGGAUGGGGCGUUCCCAAAGUGUCGUCAUUUUCCCCCUGACUCUGGAAGCACAAACACAACGUACAAAAUAAAGAACGACUACACAGUCAGCUAUGGGGAAGUCCCAGUCACACUUGCCCAAGCACAGAGACGACUGUCAGGAUGCGUUGACGACAAACACAGAGUAUGGUGAGAACCACACACAGGAGGAUGGAAAGAAUGGAGAGGUGUCACAGUUCCCCUAUGUGGAGUUCACUGGACGGGACAGCGUGACUUGUCCCACCUGCCAGGGCACCGGGCGAAUCCCACGAGGUCAGGAGAAUCAGCUGGUAGCUCUCAUUCCAUACAGCGACCAAAGACUGAGGCCCAGCAGGACAAAGCUUUAUGUGAUGAUUUCGGUGAGUGUUUGCCUGCUGCUGUCUGGCCUGGCCGUCUUCUUCCUCUUCCCUCGCUCCAUCGACGUCUCCUACGUGGGCGUGAAGUCGGCCUACGUGGCCUACGACCACCAGAAACAAAUCAUCUAUCUCAACAUAACGAACACUCUAAACAUCACCAAUAAUAACUACUAUGCUGUAUCCGUGACCAACAUCACCACCCAAGUGGAGUUCUCCAAGACUGUGAUCGGCAAGGCCAAGUUCAACAACAGCACCGUGAUUGUGCCGCUGGGCCUGCGACAGCUCGACUACACAGUUCCCACCAUCAUUGCGGAUGAAUUAAAUUAUAUGUUUGACUACUGCACACUGCAGUCCAUCAGAGUGCACAACAUGGUGGUCAUGAUACAGGUUACCGUGACGACUACAUUCUUUGGCCAUGCCGAGCAGGUCUCCCAGGAGAUGUACCAGUAUGUGGACUGUGGGGGGAACACCACAUCCUUACAUGGUCACAUGGAGGUCACCAUGUAAUGAGUGUCUACUCAGAUCACAGAGGUUCUUCUUCUUCUUAGCAGGAAGGUGGAGUACUUAAAAAGUCUGAAAGGCUCGUUGAUAAGAUGUUUUUUUAAUAAUAAAAAGUCUGCGUGAUAGCUGCUGUGAACAAUAAUGUGUUAAGUACGUUUAAAAAAAAAUAAUAAAUAAAUAAAGGUAUUCCGCACCACUUUUAACAUGAAAAGAUUUAAUGUGCUGUUAAUUCAAGCUCGUGCUUCACUUUUACCACUUUAACCUCAAAUGUUUAUGUAUGCCGGCUGGUCUGGACCACUUAGCCCCGCAAACUCUGCUGUGACUCACUGUCGCCCCCAGAGGAAUACACUGGUACAACAAGCUUUACUGGCUUAUUUAACAAAAGUCUUGUUUUGACUUUCUUUUAAGGAAGGUCUUUUCACUAAAGUUGACAUGUUGUGGGGAUUUUUGUGUGUAUUUUUUUCUCAAUUUAACACAGACGGUUUUAUUGUAUUUGUUUUGUGUUCAACUUUUAAAGCAUUUCUGUGGAUUUUUCAGUGUGAUUGAAAAGUAAAUACAGAUAAUUAUAGUCUAUUUUCUAUCAAUACCUGCUCAUAUAUUUCCAUUAAAAGUUGAAAGAGAAGAGUGAAGUUAUAUAUUUUUAAAAGAUAUGACACAUUUUGGAGUGUUGACUGUACAAAUACAAUAUUUGAAUAUGUGUCAUGUGUUUUGUAUUGUGGGCUCAUUUACAGUGUGAACAACUGUAUCUUUAUUAAGAUUGAUGUGUGAUAGCUUCUUUCAUGUCUUUGAUGUGGUGUUGAAUUAUCUAUAAGAACACAUUGUCAUACUUUAAUUUGAUUCAUUAGUGAUGGAAUAAUAAGGAAAAUGUUUGUUUAGGUUUGAAAGCAUAAAGCCCAGAAUAAAAUCAUUUUAUUGUACAA